AUGAAAGACACAUAAGCCAUUCUGGAAACUUCAGGGACCCUUCAGAGUGAAGUCCAUGAGCAGAAAGAUAAAAUGAAGAAACAAGCACAAAGAGAAGGUACACAUGUCGACCUCCAAAGGACACAGACAUCUUUAGUACAUUUUUUUCCAACUGAAGCAGAUUCAAAUAUCACAAUACUGCCAUUGUCACGGUUUUUAUCCUAUGAAACUCCUCUCAGUUACAAUCUGUCUAGCCCUCAGAUUAGUGGAGUAAGUGUACUUACAUCAACAACUGCGUUAAAGUCUCCAAAAUCAACUAUAGUGAACCAUUGCCAGUUAGAAAGCAACUUAGGAGUCAGCAGAUUCGUAAGUGAAAAGACUCUGUCGGUUCAUGCUUUUGAGCCAGCUGUGACUGGAGAAGGGGAGGAUUAUUUCCAAUCUUUGUUUGGUGAUCCAAAGAAAUUUCUUGCACAGUCAUUCCAAACCGAGAAAGGCUGGAAGCACUUUUCUAUGAUUCUUAAAGAAGUGAGCCAAUCUAGAUCCAGUGCUAUUGGAGACAUUAAAAUAGCUGAAGUGAACGCCAUGGGUUUAUUUGUGAAACUCAUUAACUCUUCCCAUGACAAAGAAGUGGAGAUUGGAAAUCAUAUUCUUCAGCAAAAUGUGAAUGGACAAAGAAUCUCUUUGUACCAAUUCCUUCCAAGUAUCAUAAUGCAGGCCAAUUCCACAGUAACAGUCUGGGCAGCAGCAUCUGAAGCAAAGCAUCAGCCACCAUCAGAUUUUCUUUGGAAGGAAGAAAAUAAGUUUAGAACAAGCCCCAAUUGUACAACAAUCCUGUGCAAACCUAAUGGUGAGGCCAUUGCCUGGUAUACUCCUAUUCAUUGGAAGCAAGCAUGGGAGAAAUUAGAGUCUGAUAUUGAAUUUGAGAGAGGCUCAAUAGUAAGUCCAACAUCUCAAAGGUACGUGUUUUAUUGGCCAGAAGCUACAACUUCAACUAAAAACAACCAAGAUCAAUUGAAGAAAGAAAGCUCAAAAUCUCAGAUGGAACCAGUUCACAUUUUUCUUAAGAGAGAAAAAGAAGUCCCACCAACCCUUUUUCCCAAUCACAGCCCUUGGUGCCACAGUCCCAAUGUCCCUCCCCAUCCCUACUGUCCUUUAGUUGAACCUCACAACACCAGCAUGGCUAGAAGCAACUUAAAGAGACGGCUCAGGCCUCAGUCAACCGAGACUGGUCCAGCCAAGGGCUUUGAAGAGGAAUCCAAAUUUCCAGAUCAGCAUCAGGGCAAGAGCGAUUUUAAGGGGCUAAACUCCUACUACUCUUGGCACUUCACCCCAAGUCCAAGUCGAAGAAUCAUUACUCUAACCAUCUUAAUCCAGAAGGCAGAACAUAGUAACCACAAGCAGAAAAACUGUAGGGAACUACAAGGAGCUCGGAGUGGAGAAAAAAGCAAACUGACAAAUGGAGGUCCCUGCACUUCUACUCCCACCAUUGACUUUGCACCCUUCUGGCUAGAACUUUAUACCACAGUGAAACUCUAUUUUAGUGUUACUGCUAUUGAGAACAGGCGUAAUACAAAACCACCUUAG